UUUUGCUCGUAUAAUCAGACAUCAACACUCUCCAUUCACUUUGGGUUAGGAAAAUACUUGAGCAAAACAUUAGCUAAGAAAUCAACAUGGCAGCCGUCAGCAGGCGAGUUUUGUCCUCACUCCAGACCCUGCGGCCUCUGGUGAGGGAUGUGCAGCCUCGGAAUGUACACAGUGCCGCUCCUCUCUCCUCUGCCAUGCCUCCAGAUGUGGGAGUUCCCGUGAGCAGACCAGAGGGCCGUACCACUGCCACUCUGAUACCAGGGGAUGGCGUGGGGCCGGAGCUUUGCCAGGUGGUGUUGGAUGUGUUCAAGAGUGCUGGGGUGCCCCUGGAUUUCAAGGAGUACCACCUGACUGAACUCUAUGCACCAAGGUCUGACUCACUGGAAGAUGUGGUGGAGAGCAUCAAGCAGAAUGGUCUUUGCCUGAAGGGUAUUCUUGCUACCCCUGACCACAGCUCUGAUGGUGAACUGAAGACCUUGAAUAUGAAGCUAAGAGAUGAGCUUGACUUGUACGCCAAUGUUGUCCACAUCAAAUCCCUGCCCGGCCUCAAUGUGCGGCACAAGAAUGUGGACAUGGUGGUUAUAAGAGAACAGACGGAGGGUGAGUACUCUGCCCUAGAACAUGAGAGUGUGACUGGCGUUGUGGAAUGCCUCAAGAUCAUGACUCGGGACAAGUGCCGCCGCAUCGCCAAGUUUGCCUUUGAUUAUGCAGUCAAGAACGGGCGUAAGAAGGUGACGGCCGUGCACAAGGCCAACAUCAUGAAGCUUGGAGAUGGCUUGUUCCUGAAGCAAUGUCAGGAGGUUGCUGAGAUGUAUCCCAACAUUGAGUUCAACAACAUGAUCAUCGACAACUGUACCAUGCAGAUGGUUUCCAAUCCUCACCAGUUUGAUGUGCUGGUGCUUCCCAACCUUUAUGGCAACAUUGUGGACAACUUAGCUGCAGGGUUGGUAGGAGGGGCAGGUGUGGUAGCUGGUGCCUCCUACUCCAACAAGUGUGUUGUCUUUGAGCCAGGUGCACGCCACACCUUCAGUGAAGCUGUUGGCAAGAAUGUGGCAAACCCGACUGCUAUGUUGCUUGCGUCUGCCAACAUGCUGAAUCAUGUCAAUCUUCAGUACUAUGGAGACAUGAUCCAGAAUGCAGUGGAUAGGGUCAUUCGAGUGGGCAAGGUGAGGACGAAGGACAUGGGGGGAUUUGCCACAACCACAGCCUACGCAAACGCUGUCAUCGCCAGUCUCACCCCAUGAGAAGUGCAUGUCUAUUGAAGGACUUUGAUAUUGAUUCUGCUAGUCACUCAUAGAUAACACUGUAAAUAGCCAAUAAGUAGUAGCAUUUCAUGUAGUAUAUAACACUGAGUUAUUAUUAUAGAAAGUGUGAGAAGUUAUAGCAAAAACAAGUUUUGAUGUUAACAACAUUUCUGACUCAAACUUUUUUUCACAAACACUAUUGAUAGAUUUAUAGUCUAAUGGAAUAAUUGCUGCACAAGAUCUAGCCCAUGAUGUAUAGAGGAGCUGAUAGGAAGAUUCUUGAAAGUACAGUAGUUGACAGAUGAUUGCAGCUGUACCUGCUAUAUGCUUUCCUACAAUCUGAGGUGCAUGUUCUUUUUUUGCUUUGCUUUGUAGCUGUUGUUUGUGUCUCUGCUCUGACUUCCUUUAAUUUUACUGAUUAAAGGCAAACGUUUUAAAUUAAUUUGUUAAGUUAUAUAGAUUUUAUGUAUAUGCAAAUUAACUUGGAUAAAUCUAUGUAAAAUUUUCAGAUAAAAAACAUCACAAAUGAAAUUGUUGAACUGUAAAUUCAAUUAAGUUUAAGAUAAUUAACAAAUAUGCAAAUUAGUCUAAAUAGGUUUAAGUAAAUUUAAACCUUUAGAUUUUCAAAAGUCAGUUACUCUGGACAUUUUUUAUAAAUCUCUGCAUUAUUUUCAAAUUCAAGUUAAAGUUACUCCUGUCAUAAGUUUGUUUUUUAACCAUUUUCUUAUAAGUGUUUUUCCCACAUAGGUACGCACCAAGGAUAUUGGAGGUCAUUCAACAACUUUUGAUUUUGCUCGUGCUGUUAUUGGCAAUUUGAGACACUGAGUUUGAGGAAAGUAUGUAACACGACUUUGAAUAACUAGGAAAGGAGAUUAGUUGAAGUAUUAUUAUUGUUAAAAGCACAGUAAGUAGUGUCUCACAAUUGUUACUAUGAUAUGUAUGUCUACCUAAUCUCAAGGAGCAACAAUGUUUACCUUGUUCAUCUGAAGUUAGUGAUUGAAAUAAAGUCAGGUUUUGUAUUGUAAAGGUAUAUCCACAUGUUGGUAACAGGCUUCUGACUUUCUCUAGCAUAUUCAUGAAAACUUUGCUUGAACUACUGUACUGUCUGUCAUUUAAUCAUGCAGUGAGCAGUAUUUCAGGCAAAGUUCUUGGAUAUGGUAAAAGGUUGAAUGUUAAAAUUAUACAUACUUAUUAAACUGAAAUUUGUAGUUUGCUAAAAUCACAGUUAAGGGUUAUAGACAUCUAUAUACCAUACUAAAAUUCAUCUUAAGAAGGUAUAAUCAAGAUGAGUCAUGCCUUGUCUUGUAGUACAGAACACAGGCAGUAGCACUUAAUAUUCUCUUGUCUCUCUUUCCUACCAACUGUUCUGUAGACUGAUCGACAUGAAUCCCUUAUGGAAUGGCUGUGGUUGUAGCAGUGAAAGUGUGCACAUGUGCAGACUUUUGCUACUCCAUUCAGAGGCAUAUAAGUUGAGUAUGUUGUAAUGGGAAUGAGAGCAAGAGUGUGUGUAUGUAUGUGCAGGAGACUAAGCUCUGGGCAAUAGGGUUUAGUAAGGAUUAGAUUCUCUCUUCCCUAGAGGCUUGGUUAUUAAAUGUGAGGGUCUACUGGUAAAUGUGUAUAUAUAGGCUCUCUGACUUAGGUUUCCCCCUAUAUAGAUGAUAGUAGUCUGGUAUGUAGAUAUAGAAAAACCUUUACACAAAAACUGAAGUUAAUCAACUAAUCUCUCAUUUGGUCUGGAAAAGUAGUUAUUUACAUUACAAAGCCUGCUGUGUUCCAUUUGAAAGCUCUCAGUGAAUAAUAGGUUUCCAUUGUACUCGUAAUCUAUUUUGUGAUCUUUCUGUGCAGUAGUUUUGAUUCAUGUUCAAUGUAUCAUGAAAGUUUGAGAAAAUAUGCACUUCUUAAGAACUGUUAUUUCAAUGAAAAUGGAAAACAAGAAUAAUCACCUGAUUUGGUAAUAGGUCAUGAUGAUUUGUUUUUUCUUACCACUAAGUUUGUAGUUCAAACCUAUGGCACCAAAAGGCUUAUGAAAUAAUGUUGGCCAGGUUUGGAAACUACAAUGUAAAUGUAGCUUUUACUUGGAUGGUUUUCUCACAUCAGUCAGAUAAUCUCUUUAUGUUACCACAUUAUUAUGAUUCAUUCCUGUGGUAAAAAUUGUUUUAAUAUAUUGUUGCCUACAUACUUAAUGUAUCAGUGAAAGGAACAUCGAUCAACCUGAAGGAUCUCAAUUAUCCUAAAACAUGGGGUGAAACUUCUGGAAUGAAAUAUAUUGAGAAAAUGACAUUGUAAUGAAAGUUAAAGUUGAAAAUAUUCCUUGUAAAAGAAACAAAGGUACAAGUUAGAAAAAAAAGACAAUGCCAAAUGAUACAAAUGUGUCUCUUUUGAAAAUUCUCAAUGGUUAUUUUUUUGUGUUUUACACUUAAUAGAAUUUUAAUGAGUGUAAUGAAAUGAUUCUUUGAGAUAAGUUGAACAUUGCUGUGCUUAAUCAUAACUUAUCUGGUGUACAUUGUGAUUGUGACAUUACUUAACUCAGAGUCCAAGGAUCUGUAAUAAUUCCCUGAAAUAUGGUAUGUAACUUCAAUCUUUCAUUAUUAUUGUAUAUGUUUUCAGUUCACUUGUGUCAAAUCUAAAAUUUUCUUGCUCUUGCCACAAGAGAAGAAUCUCUUUAACCCCGUCUUUACAUUCCUUCCUUUCUUGUAAUAAAUUCACUUUGUACAUCUUUAUCUCACUUGCUCUAUUCUCUCUUCUCAUAACAAUGUUGGUCAUUGUCUUUUACUCACCACAAAUAUGAAACUUUAACACACUUUUUUAGUCAUCCCAUUUUCUGCCAUUCUUUCUCUGUGACUAAAUCAGCUUAACUACUACAGCCAUUGCACAUUUCAUUCCUUCACUCUUGUUACGUUGUCAAUUACACAUUUGUUUUGCAAAGCCGCUGUUCCACUACUACCUCAAGAUCAUUAGUACAUUAAUUAAGAGGUGGCGGCUGUGGUGCCAAGAUGUAUCGGAGGGAUGGUUGUGACAGACAAAGAUUAAGAUAUAUGUAUACUUCUUGUAUCAUGUAGUCAGUGAAACUAUUGCUGCUGAUACUGCUGUCUUAAUUUUAUUUGUAUUCUGUGAACUAUUUAUGUAUGUUGUACUGUGAUGUAUUAUCUAUUAUCAUGCCUCCAUGCAUUCCCUAUUACUCGUUUACAGUCCUCUGAUAAAUAUUUGUACUCUCAUACUAUACAUUUUCUUCACCGCAAACUUAAGUGGGUUUUAAGAUAUCAUGAUAAUGAUAUAACAAUUGUUCCUCAUGGCUCCACCUAAUGAAACAAAACAUGAAUAAUGUCUUGCUUUGCCCGCAAGAUUUAUAUUUUAAUGAGAAAAGAAAAUAUUUUUGAGAAAAUGCUUACCUUUUUCCCUAAGUGAUAACAUUGCAUAUAGUACAGUGUGGAUUGUCUGGAAGCUAAGAAUAUGACAGACAAGUUAAGAGACCACAAGAUGAAGUUAUCAGUCACUCCUCGACUAAGAGUAAAAAGUUUUGCCAAAGUUAAACUAGGAAAGUCAUGUAAUAUUUGAUCAACUGGAGAAGUAGUAUUUUUUUUACUGAAUUCUUGUUAUUGUUUCUUGUUGUUUUGCAGAAAAGAAAUAUGCAUGUAUAAGAAUAGCAAUCUGACAGCUGUAGUGAAAUGGGUAUUUUCACCAUUAGAGUAUAUCGUUAACAUGCAUUAUUUGUAAAUAACAUGUAAAUACACAAAAUAAAAUAUUGAUUCUA